AUGUAGUUAAGGUAAUUGGAUGAAGACGACGAGGAAGAAACAUAUUUUUUCUGCUUUAAAAUAAAGCGAAAUAAAUAACCAAGUCGAAGUUCGAAGACCUCAUAAAAUGACAAAAUGAGCAUGUAGUAUUUAUCCUUUGAUCAUCAUAUUGAAGAAUCCAGAGGAUAAAUAAUCGAGGAUUCAAAAUAUAAAUUGACAGACUCUGUCUUAAAGAUCUCCGACUACCCAAAAAACAAAUUAUUUUUCUUAAGGAAUAAGGCUAGUAAGGAAGAAAUCAUAGCCAAAAUUACAGAAAAGAGAUUUAAUACAAAUGAUUUGUCUAGCUCUACUCUGAGUUUGGAUUCUUCAAAAUCACCAAUACAAGAGCAAUUACAAAAGAUCGAACAUACGCCUGAUAAUAUUGCUCGAUAUAUAGCAAAGAGAAUGAAAGAAUUUGUUAUCAUUACUGAUUUAGGUUGUGGGACUGGAGGUAAUACGGUUCAAUUGGCAAAGGAAUGCCACUAUGUAAUUGGAGUGGAAAUAGAUAGUAAAUUCAUAGAGUUGGCGAAGAAGAACUGUCAAAACUCAAUUGUUAAUGUCGACCUAAUUAAUGCUGAUAUAUUUACUUUGAAUAACUUAUAGACUGAUGUAAUAUUUGUUAAUCCGAGUUUGAAUCCUGAAGCAUUGUAUUCCAAAGAUUAAAUAAAAAACUGCAAUCCUGACAUCAAGAAAAUAUUAUUGAAUCAUUAGAAGAAUACGAAGAACUUUGUUUUUCAAUUGCCUCCUCAAAUUGAUAUUUCUCAAUUACCUUUGUUGCUUAAUAUUAAUUCUCAAUUUGCUUAUUUUAGAUAAAAUUUCCCCUCAUUUUUGAGCAUCGAAGUUGAAUAGAUAAUUCUGAAUAACCAACUUGAAUAUAUAGUAGUGUAUUGUGGAGAUGUGUCUGAUAUUAAAUAAUCAGAGAUAAUUAAAUUUCUUACUAAAUAAUUUCGCAAAGCACAACCUGAUUUCAAUUCGAUCCAGAAACAGCAUUUAUUCUGGCUCUUUGAGUUGAUAUUUAGACACAUAGGAAUUUAACAUCUUACUUAUAGAACAGUAGAGGCAAUUAAGCAAAAAAAAUCAAUAGAAAACUUUUGUAAAUUUAUCUAACAACAAUUUUAAAUUCAAUAAGAUCUCUACUAAACUUAUAUUAAUCACAAUAAAAAUAUUAAAGAUGAUAUUUACUCAGCAUAAAAACAAGAUAUUGAUCAACAAGAUAUCGAUAAUAUGAGUCCUAGCAAUUUUUCAUAUAAAUAAAUUGAAGUAGCUAAUAUGAACUAUUCUUAUACUAAUGAAAAUGUAUUUGAUGAUGAGGAAGUAGAAACACAAAACUCAUUUGUGAUGAAUUUUAAGCAUUGA